CUGCUGAGCUUCAGCUUCAUGUCAACAGGUGUGAGCCGCACAGAGGCCAGGUGACAUCUGUGUCUACACAUUUCUCAUUCCUGGAGAAUUCUUUUUUUUGCUUUUAAGCAAGCAUUUUAGCUGCAGUUAGCCUUAGCGUCCCCUUAGCUAGCCAGCUGUUAGCCACGGUUAGCUGAAGUUUGUCACGUUUGUGCUUCAUGCUGCUGUUGAGCUUCAGCUUCACGUCAACAGGUGUCAGCUGCAGGAAGGUAAAGUGCAGUCCGUCUCUAUGCAUCUGGAACGAGUUUUGGGCUAAUAGUUUGUUUUUUAAGCGCAGUAUUUUAGCUGCAGUUAGCGUCUGCUUAACUAGCCGGCUGUUAGCCUCAGUUAGCUAAAGGUGAUCAGAAAGUUGUGCUCCUGCUGAGCCUCAUAAAGUUUACAGACAGUUAAUGUCAGUGAGGAAGCUGCACCUCACAUCCACCUGUCAGCUUCAGACAGUCAGGUGAUGCUCAGGAGUAAAGUAUGAAAUGUUAGUGGUUGUUGGAUAGGUGUGAUAGUUGUGUUUUAUUUCAGGUUGUAGCACAGUCCUCCUUGUACCUGCCAACAGGUGUGUAGGCCAGCAGAUGUGGUGCAUCGUGGCUGAACAGGUGUGAGGUCAGGUUAAAGUGUCUCUGCACAUUGUUGAUUUCUACAGAGAGAUGGGGGAUUAUAUUUUUCUUUCUUUUCAGCGCUUAUAUUAUCUCCAGUUUAGCUAAAGUUUGUAAAGUGUGUCAUGAUCCUCGGCCGCCUCCUGCUGAGCCUCAGGUCCAAGUGUUUGAAAAGUUCACAGAGAGUUCCUGUGGUGUCGGUCAGGAGGCUGCAUCCUGCAUCCACCUGUCAGCUGCAGAGAGUCCAGCCGUCUGCACACCUGUUCAGGCUUCAGGCUGCAGCAGAACCCUCGGUGUGUCCGCUGACGCUGCCUGACAUGCAGCCAGCCUGCGUUUCUUAUGGAAGAGAGACGUCUGGGGUCGCCUCUGAUGAAGGAGACGACGAAGGCGGCGGCGAAAGCCUGGCUGGACGAGAGGAAGAGGAGGAGGUGCUCGGCAUGGAGGUCCAGAAGGCUCCGGAGGCCUCGUCUGUUUGUGCAGGUCCUUCAGGUUCAGAUGAGAAGACGACAAAGAGGAAGACGAGGAGAGAGAAGAGGAAGCUGAUGAAGAAGAAGCUCAAGUCGGCCGAUGCUUCUGAGAACUUAAUGUCCGAGCUUCCGUUUGCUCUGACCAGCCCCACCACGUGGAAGGCUCUCGGCUUCCCAAACCCAGAGUCGGCCCAGAAGAAGACGAAGCGAAAGCGAGUGGACAGCGGAGGGCCGGUGGACAGCGACGACGACGGCGACAAGAAGAAGAAAAAGAAAGAGAACCAGCGACCAAACUACUUCGUCUCCAUCCCCAUCACCAACAGCCAGAUAAGCUCGGCGGUGACGGAGGUCCAGGAGGCGGUGCUGCAGCAGGAGCCCCGGCUGGCCAAAGCCAUGAUCCCCGUCCCGACGCUCCACAUCACGCUGCUGGUCACUCACCUGGCCGACCAGGAGCAGGUGGACCUGGCGGCCGCCGUGCUGGCUCGGGUCGAGCCGUCGCUGGCCGAGCUGCUGGGUGGGAGGGACCUGGUGCUGCCCUUCUCCGGGAUCGGCCACUUCAGGAGGGAGGUGGUGUUCGUGGGGCUGACGGCCGGACGGCACCGACGCACUCUGGACAGCCUGGCAGAGCUGUUGCGGAGCCGCUUUGAGGAUCAGGGUCUUCUGCAGGGAGACGGUCGCGGGUUCGAACCCCACCUCACCAUUAUGAAGCUGUCCAGAGCGUCCAAGCUGCGAUCACAGGGUAUAAAGCGUGUGGAUCCGGCGCUGUACUCCAACUACACUAACAAAUUCUUCGGCGACCAGACGGUGGAGCGAGUGGAUCUGUGUUCUAUGUUGAAGAAGAAGCAACAAGAUGGAUAUUACCACACGGAGACUUCGCUUCAACUCGAUUUGGUUCAGAGUCCACUCCAAGUCAAACGCUCAAGUGGGCGUCGCCGGUCUGAGCCCGAUGAGGCGGAGCUCCUGAGGGUCAGCAGGCGAUUGGUCGAGGACGCCGUCAACCGCGCCUUGCAACAGUACAAACAGGAAACACUUCAAAAUGGGGGCGGUCCUAACGCGGCGGCGCCCGGAAACACCGAGGACGCCGCCGCCGCCGCCAAGACGGACACUACAGCUAACUCCACCGCCGACAACAGGAAGUGACAUCAGCGGAUUGCGGCGCAGAGACUGAGAAACCAGCAGCCCAGAAAGCGCUCUCCUGGAGGACCGGGAGACGAGUCCGUAGAACCUGGGCACUAAAACCAGCCAACACCGUCAGCUCCCGGCGCUGACCCGACAACCACAACAGCUAGCCGGCCAUGCUAGCCACCUGCCCACCUGAGCUAGCCUGUCACAGCGCUAGCUGAAUAGUAAAUGUAGCUGGAGAUCGGCGCUGGGCGACGCCGGGCCACUGACUCUGCUGUCGUCUGAAAACACCUCCGGUCCAGAGACACUCGUGUCGGCUUCACUGUGACCUGAAACUCAGAUCUCCUCUGUUUGUUUACCGCCACCUGCUGUCGAGGUGGACUCACGUUCUCCUUAAUUUACCCUAAAAACUGCUUCAGGUGAUGAAAACAUUUGACUUUUUUUUUGUUUUUCAGUGCUUUGUGGAGGAUGAACGUUCUGAUGGUCUGAUGGUGGUUCUGUUGAUCUGCUUCUUUAACCCUCUGAACGCCAAGCAGCAGGUUCUUUAUUUUCAUUUUUUGCUCUAAUCUAAAGUCCUGCACCUUUAUGGAACCACGAAGAAGAAGAGAAACGCCAUGACGCUGUUUAACAGAAAGUAGAGAAAAAGGAAGGUUUUUCAGUUAUGUAGUUUACAAAACCUGAGAAUAAAGUGUCUCUGGGGUUUUUAGAAGGA